CGUAGUACGGACAAGUAGAUAAGGAUGGAUUUUUCCUCCGCUCGCUUGGCUAUUUUGAAGGUGCUGGAGGGUGUGCGCGCGGAAGAGGUGCCCCGCCUAUUGCAUUGGAUGAGAACGACCAAUGACUUCGAUGAAUUUAGGUCCACUAAUGAUGAUGUUCUUCUCAGAAGUAUUGCUGAAGAUCUUCGACAUUUUUUGCCCACUGAUGGAAUGCUUGCUUCUGAGCACUUCGCUAUUCAAAAACUAUAUCAGCAAACAAAGCCCACUGUGCAUAUUGAUGCAUUCCUUUAUGAUGAUGAAAUUAUUGAUUCCUUAUGUGAAGAAGGGAAGAUGAGUAGAAACUACUGCCUAACUUGUGGUUCUCAUCAGACAGCGCCAUUAGAGUUCAUUUCCCAUUCAUUUUCCCUCAUGGAACUGAAAUUCCUCUACUACCAUGUUCUACCUGAUUUGACAGGGAAAGUAGUGGUUGAUGUUGGUUCCAGACUUGGUGCAGUACUGUUUGGGGGCUACUUUUACAGCUCAGCAUCUCAGAUCUAUGGAGUUGAAAUGAAUGCAGAUUUUUGCCACAUGCAAGAAGUUAUUGUUACCAAAUACCAACUUGAUGAAAGAAUAAAGGUGCUUAAUGCAGACAUACGUACCCAGGCUUCGCUUCUUCAGAAUGCUGACGCUGUUGUAAUGAAUAAUGUCUUUGAAUAUUUCCUUGACAAAGAGGAACAGGCCAGAUCCUGGGAAUUUAUCAGUCAAAAUGUAAAAAAGAAAGGAUCAUUACUGGUCACAGUUCCAAGUCUUGAGGAAUCUUUAUCAAAUCUUCAGGUGGACAUUCAGCUCAGCCAGUGGGUGGAAGCAAUGCCAUUACUCUAUGAUGUAUUCUUGGAGGAAGAUGCUGAUAGAGAAGCACUUAAACAAAUUUACUUGUAUAAGAUUCUAUAAUAUACUUAUUCAGUCUGUAGAAUUGUGGUUCAUACCGUAGUCUUUUCUUUCUUUUUUAAUGGCAGCGUGUGGAGCCUGCAGCUCUUUCUGGGAGAUAAAAUGAAAAGGCAGAGAA